CUUUGCUUGCUAGUGCAGCGAGAGAAAAUGAAAGAUGACUUGCUAUGGCUGCAGAGCUGAUGAGCAUUAAACUGCUGGUGUCAAAGAGGUUUUUCGGGACUUAAAGUGGGGCAUUGCGAAAGAUCCAAGGUGCCAUGAGGGACCCAUGCCGUAUUUGUGGUGUCCGCCUGGUGGGGAGCCAAUGCCGUUGGAUCUUCAGUUCAUCAGGAAAGAGAAAGUUGCAGGUCAUUCUCUCCCAUGUUCUGGGUCGGGAGGUGAUCCGUGACGGUCGUGGGGAGUUCCUCUGCGGAAAGUGUGUGUUUCAGCUGGAGAAGGUGAUUCAGUUUGAUAUUAACAUCAGCAAACUGCAGGAGGAACACAACAACAAAGUCCAAAAGAUUCAGGCGGAGAAGGAGAACCUGAUCCAGUGCAUCGUUCACAUCUACAACAAAAACAACCAGGGAAGCCGUAGCAAGGAGACGACCAUCACCAAAACUUUGCUCCGAUUCUCUGGGCUGGGAAGUCCAGAUGAUGAGGCUGCACUUCAGUCAGCACAUGAGGGACUGCAGUUCAUAGCAGGAGGAAGUGGUCAGGCUGAGAACCGCAUGAGAAGGUGUGUGAGUCUCGACAGAAUCGCCAGCAAAAGAGCAGUUUCUGGACGCUCAAGCUCAAGAAGCACCAGACUGGGAUCAGGACCGGGGAUUGAUUUCUCUUUAAAGAAUUUUGGAGGCACCCGCCAUCGUUCCCAGAGCAUGUAUCUUGAUCUUGUUCUCCGAAAGGGGAACCUGUCUAGACCUGGAUUCAAAGGCCGCUCUACAUCCCUGCAGUCGCUCAAUCGAGACCUUUCCUCGGACGCUCCUUCUGCUCCUCCACCCAAACAACAACUAAAAGACUCAAAGCUGUUUGUUUCCAAACAUGCUGCAGCUAAAGACCAAAUAGAAAAGGUUCAGACCAGAGCACUGCUCCACAGCUCACCAGGUCAGCCAUCUGUGAUCUCUGACCUAAUCCAGCUCCUGCGCUGCAUCUCUAAGCAGCAAGUGUCUGCCCCAGCAGGCAGCCGUAUCCCUGUCAUGAGAAGAUCAAGACAUGGCGUUUCACAAGCAAAGUUCAGGCACAGGGAGGCAAAAUGGAAGUCUCUGCAUGAUCUUACAGAGGAGUUUAAUGACGAAUAUGCUUCUUUAAGAAUGAAGAAAAGUGACAUUAAUCAACUGGAGUCUGUCAGUAAAAUGCUGAAUGAAGAGCUCAGCUUGGUAAAAAGCACCAAUGAAAGCCUAAGCAAACAACUGGAGGACUUUCACAAUCAAAACAAGAUCCUGUCAGGGAAGCUGGAAGAGAUGGAGAAUGAAGUCAGCUCUGAGAAGAAAAACGCUCUGAAGCGAGAUAAAACCAUCCAGGGUCUCACUCAGGUCCUGGGGGAAAAGGAGAAAGAGAUUGCAGAGCUUUGUCAUGAAAUCGAGGACAGGGAUGAUGCUUUGGCAAAGGCUAGAGAGGCAGCACACAAAGCUCAACUGAAGAAAUACCAGGGAGUAGAGGAGCACCAAAAUCUGUUAAUGGAAAAGCAAACGGAAUUGGCUCAACUUCAAGGGGAACAUCACGCCAAAGUGCUUGAAGCCCAAAAAUUACAGCGUGCCCUGGACAGGAGGGAGCAGGAGCUGUCUGAUUUGCAGCAACUUAAAGAUCAGCUGGAGACUGAACUUGAAGACAUGAAACAACAGAAGAAGAAAGGCGACAAAGCUCUGAAUGAUUUGAACAAUCAACUAAAAAAGCUGAAUGGUGAAAUGGGAGAAAGGGAGAGUGCUCUCGAGCAGCAGUACCAGGAUUUGCUGGACCAAACCAAGAGGAAACUGCAAGCACAUGAGGUCACCAUCCAGCGGCUCACAUCUUCACUAGCCGAUAAAGAACAGCAGCUGCAGGAGUACAUGAACAUGGUCAAAAACUAUGAUGAAAGCAAAAGCCCCAGCAGUAAUGAGGGCGCUCUUGCCAAGCUGAGGCAAAGGCUAAAAGAAAAGGAGAGCGCUCUAGAACAAGCACUGGAUGAGAAAUUUGCAGCCAUCGAGGAGAAGGACAAUGAAAUUCACAAACUGCUUCUAAUUUUACGGGAAAAAGAAAGAGACUUGGAUAGACUGAAUAACCUGCUAGCUCACAACGAGGAAACCAUUAACAAUUUUGACAGUCUGAUCAAAGAGAAAGACGUGGAGCUGCAGCAUCUUGCAAACACUCUGAAAAACCUACAGAGAGCUAAACAAGAUGUAGAAGAUAACCUGAACAGAUCCCUGAGAGAGAAAGACUCCAUCAUAAAGCAGCUGCAGCUGUCCUUGGAGGGAAAGACCAAAGAUAUGGAUGAACUGUCUGAAUCGAUGCUGAACCAGUCCCAGUCUCAGUCACGGGACCUUGCCGAGCAAAUGGGCCAGAGGUUAAAAGUCACAGAAGCAAUGCUGGCCGAGGCUGUGAAGGCAAGGGAAGCACUGGUUGCUGACAAUGAGAGUGCUGUCGAAGGGCUGUUGGCUACAAUCAGAAGCAAGGACCAGCUUCACAAGGAGUCUGCUGAGCACUUCAACCGCAUGCUGUCAGAGCGCACCCAGGAGAUUCAGGCUCUCAGGAAGCAGCUGGCUGAUAAGCAACUACAGCUUACUACUGCUGAGAGGCAAAGCUCCUCAACAGCCCAGGAGACUUAUUUAGAAACGGCAGAACUCAGAACGCUGCUGGCAGAAAAAGACAGCCUCAUUGAUAAACUUCUGCAGCGGGGUCAGGAUAGGGACCAGUUCCUGGCACAGUUGAGUCCGAAGGCAGAACACGAUCAUGUGUUGGAGCUCAAACAAACCAUCCAGAUUAUGCAAGAGAAGCUGGACGAGAGAGAAGAGCUGUCACGAAGAAACAGUGUGGAUAACCAGGAGAGUACUCCAUUACCCAAGAAAACUGUUGCCCUGAAGAAAGAGUUGGCACAGAAAACAGAAGCGCUGAACAAUGCCCUGAAAAGAGAAAAUGAGCUGAAGAUGUCAUUGGCUGAUCUCCAGACGUUGCUGUCUGAGCUGCAGGCUCGCAGUGAAGGGCAGUCUGCUAAUAUUGACUUCCUGACUGCUACUCUGAAGACCAAAGAGGAGAUCAUCAACGUUUUCCACCAGCGCCUUGGUCCGGGGGGGGACAGUCAGGUUGAGAGGUCACUACCUGAACUUCCUCAACGAGAGAGGACAAUAAUCGGUGGAGACAGGCAGCAGGAAUCUCUUUCUGGCCUGACAGCCUUGCAGCAGGAGCAUGAAGCUCUGAACAAAGCACUAAGAGCUGAGCAGCAGCUUUACUCCAGCCUGAUCAGAACUGUAAAGGAACAUGAUAGCGCCCAGCGUCUCCAUGCUCUACAGCUGGAACUGACAGCGGUGCAGCUUCUGCGGCAGCAGCUGGAAGACGGCAUAAAAGCGAACGAGGAGCUAAGGGAUGACUUGGAAAAAGAACUGCACAGGGCCAAACUAAGAGAAGGUAUGGACCUGAUUGAUCCCAAAGAGCUGGAAAGUAUGAGGCAUCAACUAGAAGACGCCCAGCGCUGGAACGCAUCCCUGCAGGCUCGCUUAGGAGCAAUUCAGAACCGUGGUGGAGGUGUUGGAGGAGCAAAUGAUUGUGGGGAUUCUUUAAGUUUUAUUGGAGAGCAGACUUCAUACAUGAGUAUCUGCGUGGGAGAAGGGCCAGACAACGACGACGGCCUCUCCCAACUCUCCGCUCAGGAGCUCAGACAAAAAGUGCUGGAACUUCAAGAAUCUGUCAGCAGACUGCAGGCUUCAAACGACGAGCUGCAAAGCCGCCUGGCUCUAACGGAGAAUGGCGUUCCAGACAAGAACGGUGACGAUCUAACCGGGGCAAGUCAGUGGAAGCAGCAGCCUCAGAUGAUACACGAGAUGCAGCCCAGGACUCCCAGGAUGCAUUUCUCUGAUCAGGAUGAAGAUGCACAGACUGGAACCACACCUGAAGAGGUUGCAUCAGGAGGAUGCGUAAGGACCAAUGAGAACUUUGAUCUGAGUAGAGAGCAUACUCACUCAAACACAAAGGAAAAUGAUUUUGAGGAAGGAAACAGGGAUAUAGUGGUUCUAAAAUCUCUGUUAAAGGACUGUGGAUCUCAUUCAGCCUUGCAUCUUAGAGAAGAAUUACGUCAUCUUAGGUCAGAAAAUGCGAAGCUGCGGGGUCUUCUGAAGGAACACAAAUCAACAGAGUCUAAAGAGAAGGAGAGCAGAGAUACUUCUGGGAACAGCAGUGAUGGACCAACCGAUCUGAGAAAGAGUUUGGAAACCCUUGAAGCUCUUGAUUGUAAGUCGCAUGGAAAGAUCUCUGAGUCUGCUGGCAUCACUGCAGAUAAGAAGGAGAACCCUAACCCUGAGUUGCAAAAAAAGACUCCUAAACAAAAACACCGGGCUGGUGUCAGAUCCCGUCUCCCUGUGCCAGUGAAGCUCAGAGUAGAGACUAGCUGCAGCAGCCAGACUGUGAGCUCUGAGCAGCAGGAAACUAAUACUCAGCAACCUCAUUUAGAUGAUGUAUUUGGUCAGGAAAUGCUGACUGCUCCUGACUCUCCAUCAGCACUCCUGCAAAACACAUCUCCUUUGCAAUUGACUCGACAUAGCUGCAGCUCAUCAGAAUCCCAGGGGGACUCAGAAACCAGGGAACCAACGGCCCACACCCACUCAGCUCUCCUUACUCAGCUGGAGCUCCUCCACCAGGAGUGCCAGGAUAAAGAGGUUCUGAUCAACAAGCUGAAUGAGCAGCUGGCCGAUUGGGAGGAACUUCACGCUCAGCUUCAGGAGAAGGAGCAUCUGAACGUGCAGUACACAUCCGCCCUGCGGGCUGCUCAGUCCACCAUCGCUUACUUGACUGCUUGCAGUCUGGAUAGUCAGGCAGGAUUCAGUUCACACGCAGGUUCUGCUUCUGGCUUCGAUGCUUCCCUGCAGAAACGAUGCAUGGAGCUGCAGCAAGCUGUUCAGGAAAAGGAGGAGCUCAACAACCAGCUAAUGGAGCUUCUGGAGAUGAAGGAGAAGACCUCCUCACCUCACAGUGAAGACAGAAGAAAUGAUAGAGACAUCACAGGAGCGCCUGGCGACUCGUUCAGUGAGCUUCAGCGGCACGCCGACACUCUGCAAAGAGCACUUUUAGAGCAAACUAGGCUCAACGCAGAGCUUCAGGAACAUUUAAGGGUCACCAAAGCUGCUGCACAGCCUGGUUGCAGCACUGGUAAUGUCAGCCCUAAUGGCCCCCCGUCAGGGAAAAGCGCAAUGUCAGCAGAUCCCCUUGAGGGGGAUGCAAAGGAAGACCCUGAAUCAUUAGAAGAUUUUAGUAAAACAGUUUUAGAUGAAAAAAUGUUUAAAGUUAUGUUGAACUGUUUAACUGCAGCAGAGUCUGCUGUCGCCUCCCUAGCAGCUCACUGUGCAAAUGUAGACUUGUCUUCUGGUAAAUCAUCUCAAAUGAACCCUGACCUGCAGGAGAGCUUAGACGCACUUCAAAAAUCCCUGCAAGGCAGAGAGCAGUUGGCUGAAUCUACUCGGCCAAAAAAUAUCCACAGUUUCCCCGCUGCUUCAACCGGAACAGAAGGGCAAAAGCUCCAUCGGGAUCUCUGGCUCCUCUACAAGGUCUUCAGUGAUUACACCUGCAGGAUAUCUGAUCUCCAAGCUUCUCUAGAAGAGGAGAGGGGCCACAGAAGGCAGGACGGGGCUCUCGGGACAGCGCAAGGAGCCAAAGGAUUACCACCAAACGUUCAAGUCCAACUGGAGGGUUUGCAUAAAGCUCUUAGGGAGAAGAAAAAGACUUGUAAAACCCUGGAGGAGAAACUGGCUGCUGCUCUAACAGUUUCCCCUGAAACAAAGUGGAAAGCUCCAGAGCAGGGCGACAAAGCCGUGCAGGUGGAUUUUCAGGACCAGGGUUACGAAACUGCUGUCAAGGGUGAAAAUGAUAGGGAAGAGAGCAGUAGCACAGAUCUUGAGGUGGUCAGGAACCCUAGUUGCAGUGCGUCCAGUCUGCCUUUCCUGAAGCCCAACACUUUCUCCUCUACGGAAAACUUGGACUCAUCCUCCAGCACUCCAUAUCCCAGUUCCCCAGCUCUCAGCUCAGCCAAGGUCAGCCAGAAAGGUCUUCUGGUUUAUGAAGACUACGGUGUGUCUGAAGAGCCUCUCCAGCUUCAAGCACAAGUCAGAGAGCUGAAGGGCCAGCUUGAGAAUCAGAGCAAACUGAUCCUUCAGAUGCAAAGUCUUCUGCGCAGGAACUCUCUGUCCAGCAUCUCUCCAGCUGCCAGCAUCUGUGACCCGUUUACCACCAGGGAACCAGAAGGCACUUUCAAAGUGGACCGCGGCCAAGAAGGGAAGUGUAAAGGUGGACAACCAAAAGAGAAGGAGGGCGAGGCUCAGUCAAAGGACAAAAGCAGGCUCCCUGGUAAGGAGCUGGACAGAAGCGUGAGCGAACUUCAGCAAGCUCGGAGCCGCUCCACAUCACCGGCAAGGCUGGAUUCUCUUGUCCAGUCACAAGCCAGAGAGCUGUCCCAGCUCCGGCAGCAGAUCAAGGAGAGCCGCCGGCUCGGAGCUCUGCAUCGCCAGCAGCUGGAAGAGCUGAACAAGGCCUUCAAGGAGCUGCUGCAUGCUGGGGAGGUGGACUGCCACAUGGGGGAGAUGGUCAAAGAACAGCUGGACAAGAGCCUUACCAUUCUAGGCAGGCUGGAGGGACGCCUGGACAAAGGAGAGUCUCCUGUGGACAAUGAGGACGUUGGAGCUCUGCAGUUGUCACGCAGGUUGGCUAAGGAGCUGCAGGAGAAGAAUCAGCUCAUCCAGAACCUUCAGAGUCAGAUCCGAGGCCGUAGUCCCAGCAGCCACCACAGCUCUCAUUCGGACAUUUGCCUCUCAGACGGGACGGGUUCAUCGUGCCGCAGCAGCCUCACCGAACAAGGCCAUCAGCACCACACUGAGUGGACAGCAGCAUCUGCGUCUCCUGUGGGAGGAGCUUCAGAGGAAGGCGUGUCCGGUCACAGGGAUGCUGCCAGCAGAGUCCAGGGUCUGCAGAGAGAGAACGGCCGCCUGCAGGAACAGCUGAGGGGCAGUGAGGAGCUAAACUCCACCCUGCGCAGCGAGCUCAACCUGCACCGGUCCAUCAUGGCACAGAGCAGUUCUCACCACCAGGCCCGGGGCCGAGAUUCAGGACCUCAAGACACGCACAGAUAUGAGGUCACCUCACAGAGACACGCCGCAGACGAGCCUCGCGCCAUGAAUCCAGACCUGCUGGCAGAACACCUACAGGAAAUCCGAGCUCUGCGGCAGCGGCUGGAGGAAAGCAUUCGCACCAACGACCGCCUCAGAGAGCAGCUGGAGAGGAGACUGGCUGAGGUGGAAAAGGAUCCAGCAGCCACCAAUAUCUUCAUUCAUGGCAAUAAAGACCAGGGGCAGCUGGCCAACGAGGUGCAGUUCCUCUGGGGUCAAAAUCAAGCGUUAAAGGAGCACCUCAACGUGGGAUCUAGAGACAAGCAGAAGGAGAACGAAAAGCUUCGGGAGACUCUGGCUCGGCGAAGCGCCAAGCUGGAGCAGAGUCGGAGGGAGUGUGAAACUCUGAGGUUGGAGAACAACCACCUGCAGGAGCAGUUGGAGCACAGCAGCCAGGAAAAGUCCCUCCUGCAGGAUUCUCUGCACACCAGCAAAGAGGAGCUGCACAGGCUGCAGACCGAGGUGAAGCUCCAGAGGCAGCAGCUGUCCGACUCCCAGCAUCUCCUCCAGUCGCUGCGGGUGGAGCUGAAAGUUUAUGAAAAAAUGAAGACGGACCUCUGCAAACACGGCGAAUGGGAGGAGCAGACCCAGCCGCCCGUCUCUGAUCCGUCCAGCAGCUCUCUGGACCUGCAGGAGCUCCUGUCAGAGAUCAGACACCUGAGGCUGCAGCUGGAGAGGAGCAUCCAGACCAACACAGCUCUGCGGCAGAAACUGGAAGAGCAGCUGCUCCGAGCUCCCAGUCACUCUGAGACCAUCAACAUCAACUACCUGCUGUCCUCUCCAGAUGAAAGAAGUCGGUCACCGGAUCGGGAAGGCUGUGAUCUUCAUCAUCACUCCUUCCAGAGUCACAAACGCAGUACUGCUGUUCGCGAUGUGAAGCGGCGCGCUCAUUCCGAGCUGGACGUUUGCUCAGCCAGCAGCAGCUCCGGCGACAGCGCCUCUGGCCGUCCCUCCCGGUUGGUCCCGGGCCACCGGAUGUGGGCCAACCGUAGCGGGCGCCACGUUUUGGGCUUGAUCGAGGAUUACAACGCUCUCCGGAAGCAGAUCGCCGAGGGUCGUCAGCUGUCACGCAGCAUGGAUGCACAGCUGCAGGAGUGUCUGCACACACUCACACAGCAGAGCCCCGACAAGGAGCACAUGAAGGCUUUGUGCAGCAGCACAAACACCAUGCAGCAGGUCCUGGAUGAGGCUGGCCGCCUGCUCAAGCUGCUGUGGAGGGUCUCUCUGCCAGCUGCUUUCCCUACAGGGGAGAGCGGCAACAACCAGCAGGAUGAGCUGCUGAAACAUGAGAUAGCCAGACUGAAGAGCAGACUGUCACAGCAGGAAAGGAUGCUGAUCGGCGCCGUGAAACGACUCCGCACCACCAACCAGCUCAAGGAGGGAAUGGAGAGGGUCAUUAUUGAUCAAUUGUCUCUGACCCACGGAGUUUUGAAGAAAGCCAGAGGAAACUUGGAGAUGAGUUCUAGUUCCCUGUUGGGCUUGUCAGGAGCAGCAGAUGAAGGAGGUCCCAGUCAACGGGCAGUAGACACUCCGCCUGCAGACGAACACUCGGAGGAUCUCAACAGUAACACAUCUCUGCAUUGCACUAACUGAGCCUGCUGUGAAAGCACUGCAGCCUCUGCCUUUUAGUUGGACUUACUGUAGGUACGGAGGGUUUCUUCUAAAGAAAACGCCUGUAAAUAAGAACCCUUUGUUAUUUUUAUACAAUGUAUAUUUGAAACGUGUAUUUUAAUACCAACGUUGUAUUUUUUAUUCACCUGCUGUCUUGUGUAUAAAACAUGGAGUUCAGUAUAAAUGCAGUAAAAGAAUUGUCAUGGUCAAUCGAUUGUCUUUAAAUCCCUUUAUUGUUUUAGUAAAAAUAACCCAGAUUAGGUACAAAGGAAUAAAAAACAGUUUAUAAUCUACUACAUGGAAUCAGGUUACAUUGAAGUCGUGUCUGAAAUGGUUCCGGUGUUAUGCCAUCAGUGACCUAUAAAACUAGGUCUGUGGAAUUCACUGGUACCAGCAGCACCAAGAACCCGGUCAGGCAAAAAUAUUCUGGCUCUGCCUCAAUAGUUUCCUUGAAGACGGGUAACAGCUGAUCUAAAGCACUUCGUUUUUAUUUAUUCAUAAUGAGACACACCUAUCUCUGCACGAGACGCACAAAAGCCUGAACCAGCUGGAUGAUGGGCUCCUGGCCUUCGUGGCUUCCCUUGGAUCCGGGUGGGGGUUGUUUGGAUUGGGCGGAGGCCGGAGACGACGGAGAACCCCUCCGGAAGUGACGGGACAGGCUGGAGAGAAGCGUGCUCUGAGGAUGAUGGGAAAUACUGUCAAACCUUUUUUUAACCGUAAACACCCACUUCUUACAGCCACAGGGGGUUCAGGAAAUUAAAAGUUGAGACAUGUUCAAUCAGCCGCUUUCACGCGUAGCUACUCAAGUUUUUCAGGCUCAAUGCACGUUGCCAGCUAAACCAAGUCAACUGAUAUGAUGGUGAUCCAAUGAACCGAACCGUUUCAUGCUCAAAUCAUGAGAUUUGCACCCCUUCAACAUUCUGUGUUGGUAAACAGUAGCACAUCAAAUAAAAGCAUUUUGACCAAA